AUGGGGAGCAGCGAGGCGAGGUGGUCGUGGCUGGACGCGCGCUCGUCGAUGCCACAGCAGGAUAGGACGCGUGCAACAGGGAGCAGCGGGUCACUCUGCUGGAUCUGUUGCUGGGGUCGUCGAUCUGUUGAUGUGGUCGUUGACUUACAGAUCAAUCCGUCCGCUCUUGCUGGUGCCUCCUUUAGUCUGACCCGGUUGACCCGGUUGCGUCUACAUUCAUUGAUCUACAGAAAUUCUUGCCUGAAUCUUGCAAUGGAGAUAGUGUCAAUAAUGGAGUUGAAGUUUUCCUCUAUUGUCUAUGAAGAAGACACGGGGAUGACAGUGAAUCAUCGAGUAAUAACCAAGAUCAUCUAGAUGUAUGAA